GAACGCGCCAAACUAUUCAGCGAAGCGCAGUUUGUCAGUGUCCCUAACGGCUUCCCGUCGGCCGCGUACCAACCCGGAAGUUUAAUCUUUCUCCUGACACGUAGCAACCGCGACCAAGUUGGCAGGGCUGUGGUUUGAUUCGUCAAACAGGACAGAGUGAGAGAUGUCAGGGUUUGACAACUUCAACACAGACUUCUACCAGUCCAGCUACAGUGUAGACGACCAAAACCAGGCCGGCUACGGCUACAACAAUGCUGAAACCCCCUACAAACAGCCAUAUGGUCAGUAUGACUACUCCCAGCCCAUGGCUUACUCUUCCCCGGGGAUGAUGGCGCCCCAGCAGCCAUACACAGGACAGAUCUUCCAGCCCACACAGACCUACACUCCAUCCACUUCACAGUCCAUGUACAGCAGCACCUUUGAUGAUGAGCCACCACUGCUAGAAGAAUUAGGAAUCAACUUUGACCACAUCUGGCAGAAGACCCUGACGGUUCUCCAUCCGAUGAAGGUAGCAGACGGCAGCAUCAUGAACGAGACAGACCUGGCUGGCCCCAUGGUCUUCUGUUUGGCCUUCGGAGCGACGCUUCUCCUGUCAGGUAAGAUCCAGUUUGGCUACGUGUAUGGUAUCAGUGCGAUCGGCUGCCUCGGUAUGUACUGCCUGCUCAACCUGAUGAGUAUGACGGGCGUGUCUUUCGGCUGUGUGGCCAGCGUGCUGGGAUACUGUCUCCUCCCAAUGAUCCUCCUCUCCAGCUUCGGAGUCCUCUUCUCUUUACAGGGCAUGAUGGGAAUUAUACUAACAGCAGCAAUCAUUGGCUGGUGCAGUUUGUCAGCCUCAAAGAUCUUCAUCUCAGCGUUGGCCAUGGAUGGCCAGCAGCUGCUGGUUGCUUACCCCUGCGCUCUCUUAUAUGGAGUCUUUGCACUCAUCUCUGUCUUCUAAAAGCAUAAUUGAGUAAAAACUUAAAGUAACGGCACCUCAGUUUCUGUUAUUUCAGUAUAAUUAGCAGCAGUGUAAUUAGGGUAAUUAUUAGCUAAUUAUACUGUCAUUACAGAAGAGUGGGCGGUCCUGUCUAAAAUGGCAAGGUUUUUUUCUUUUUUUUUUUUUUUUACACAAGUCUCCACCUGUCACUACAUUCUGACUUGACCAUCUGCAGGCUGGAGUGUGCCGUCUCACUCACCGUGCUCCCCCUCAUACGAAACUGAGAGGACUGUCAAAUAAACCUGGUGAAAAAUAACUCUCCUGUGGACCAUUUGUCGAGCCUUAAACGAGUCCUGUGAUUUUAAGGACACGAAGAGGAAGGAAGCAAACAACUAGUUCACACUAUGGAAGCCCAAGCAGACAAUUAAUCCGCUCCCAAAUUUGGAGCUAAUGGAAACACCACAAAUGAUUCCUGCAAAAGCCGUUGUGAGCCAUUUUUGGUCUAACAACCUAUAAAUUACAGCUGCAAGACUACUGGAGACACGCACUUUCCUUCUGCACAAGACUACCGAUCAUUCUUCUUCUCCACCCAAAUAGGGCGGAGGAAAUGGGAGGGAUCCCUUCUCCCUUUUUUUUCCAGGACUGAGGACCCAUGAAUCAGAUCUUCACAGCAGGGAUUCUGAUCUGUGUAAAAACAGCAGCUGUGCUAGAUAUUCUCAUGCAUUGUUUUAUUGAAAUUCAUUUGAGUUUUAAUGCUUUUCAAGAAGACAAAAUUACAGUUUGCACAAAAUCUUUGUCUCUAAUUUUCAAAACCAAACAAAUUUGAUUGUUAAGUAUUAAUAGUCUGGCAGAUACUGUAUGUUUGUAGGUACAGGCAUGUCUCUGGGUCGUUGCUAUAGUUUGCAUUCUUUACAUUUUCUUUAUCUUUAUUUUGCAGUUGACUCACUUUGUAUGCUUUGAUGUGUCAUCUGUUCCUGUCUUCUCAUACACAUUAAAGUUGUCUUUGAAGGUUA